AUACUCGUUUUAAAUGAAAGGUCAAGGUAUUUACCUUGGCAGCGUGUAAUACCGGUUGUAUGAAUUUCGAAUGAAGUGAUUUUGUUUAUAAACUACUAGUACCUCAAACGCAAGAUGUCAUCUAAAAAGAGAGUAUGCAUUGUUGGAUCUGGAAAUUGGGGGUCAGCUAUAGCAAAAAUUGUUGGUAACAAUGUUGUUGAAAAAUCCGACAAAUUUGAAAGGGAAGUGAAAAUGUGGGUGUUUGAAGAAAUGAUAAAUGGCAGAAAGUUAACAGAAAUUAUAAACCAAGAUCAUGAAAAUGUGAAGUACUUGCCAGGUUUUAAACUUCCAGAGAAUGUUGUUGCCAUCCCUGAUGUAAAAGAUUCUGCAGAAGGAGCAGACAUCAUAAUCUUUGUUCUACCUCAUCAGUUUGUUAGAGGAGUAUGUAAACAACUUAAAGGAAAAGUCAAUGAAGGUGCUAUAGCUGUCUCUCUUAUCAAGGGUUUUGAUGUGGCAGAAGGUGGCGGUAUUCUACUUAUAUCCACAGUGAUUAGGAACGAGCUAGGAAUACCCUGUGCUGCUCUGAUGGGAGCAAAUAUUGCUAAUGAAGUGGCCAUGGAAAAUUACUGUGAAGCUACUAUUGGUUGUAGGGACACAAAGUAUGGUCCACUACUAAAAGAAAUGUUUCAGACAAACUAUUUCAGGAUUGUUGUGAUUGAAGAUGAAACUACAGUUGAAGUCUGUGGUGCUUUAAAAAACAUUGUGGCAGUUGGUGCCGGUUUUGCUGAUGGUUUAGGGUAUGGAGAUAAUACUAAGGCAGCUGUGAUCAGAUUAGGACUUAUGGAAAUGGUUAAAUUCUGUGAAGUUUUUUACCCAGCUACUGAUUCAAAGUCUCAACAAGGGACAUUUUUGGAAAGUUGUGGAGUAGCUGACUUAGUUACAACAUGUUAUGGAGGUAGAAACAGAAAAGUAGCAGAAGCAUUUGUUAAAACAGGAAAGAGUAUAGAAGAAUUAGAAAAAGAAAUGUUGAACGGUCAGAAGUUACAAGGUCCACCUACAGCAUUUGAAGUGAAUUACAUGUUAAAAAAUAAAAACAUGGAGGAGAGGUUUCCAUUAUUUACAGCUAUCCAUAGAAUAUGUAAAAAAGAGACGGAUGUUAAACAAUUUAUGGACUGUCUGAAGAACCAUCCAGAACAUAUGUGAUUAUCAAGAGAUUGCUUCGGCUAAAGGGGGAUACUUAGGAGAGUUUUCUGGGAUUGUAUAUGCAUUUUCAGCAAUUUUUAUUGGCUCAUUCAGAAAAAUGUCAGGGUACUUUAUAACUUCUUCAGCAAAUUUUGUAUUACGCAAAGGGUUGUCAAUGAAAAAAAAAAUACAUCACAAUUUUUUUACGCAAAGGGUAGUCAAUGAAAAAAAAAACCACUUGUAAUCAUAAAUAUAUGUAAACUUCUGAAUUGCAGGCAAAACAAAAAACAGAAGAAACAUAUGUUGUAUAGGAAACAAUUAGUAUGAAAAUAACUACUGUUAUAACUUGUGUCGCUUUUGUAUUAUGUAACCAAAUAAAAUAUUUUCCAUUUUGGGUUUUAAGAGCUUCAGUCUUUUAAUAUAAUCAUUGUGCCAUAAACGUGGGUAGGAAUGGUAAAUUCAAUGGGAUAAAAGUAGUAAUGAAUUUAUUGUACAUAUAAACAGUUAAGUUAUUGGGGAUUUUUUUAUUUUGUUUAUUUUGACAUUAUAUAUCCAGGAAACAAUGAUUUACUUCUAUAUCAUUUUCAUUCAGCACUAACUUGCUUUAGACAACUGCUACAUAAAUGUUAUGUAAAAAUCUUGUUUACACUCUCAAUCAUUGUUUUGUUAUAACUUAAUGUGUAUUUAUUAUAUAUUUUUAAUUGUGUUAGAAUGAUAAUAGUUUUGCGGAUCUGAUGAAUUUACAGCAUUAUUUAUAUAGGUUCUUUUGAAAUUUGAUAACUUCAUUGAGUACCUGAAUAUUUGCAUAAAAUUUUAUUGAAGAAUGGAUCAAUUUUAAUGUGAUUUUACUCUUGUACACUCUCAAGUUUGUAAAGUUCCAUAAACUAAUAUAUAGUUAUAUAUAGUCGUGUAUACUUGAAUGUGUAAUAAAAAUUUAUGCAUGUUAAACAAUUCUUGCAGUACUGAAAACUAAAUAGCCAAAUAUUUGAAAUAAUAGUCAUACAUUGCCUUGAAAUCCAAACUUCAAUUGAAUUAUUACAUAUAUUUAGUAACCAAAAUAUUAAACCUUGCUUGUUCAUUAAUAGAACCUUGCUUGUUCAUUAUUAAACAAACAAAAAAAAAUGUUUUGUUUGCAGAAAAAUGCAAUCAUGUUUUCUAGGUCUACUGUUCAAAUGUACCCGGUAUUUGAUAACUCUAGUCCCAUGCAUUAUGACAGACAGAAAAAAACUAAUAUAUUUAAUAUUUGUCAUAUAACCCUUUCCUCCAUUGAAUUUUUUUUUUUGCAUACUUGAUUCGCAUAGGAUUUUUUUGAUAAAAUGCUGAACUUAUGCUUUGAAGUAUUAAGGCAUUGUGAAAAACAACUAUUUCAUCAAAUAAAUUUAAGUCAGAUAUUCCUAUGAUAUUCCUUUUCAUAUUGGAAACAAACUUUAUUAAGUCAACUGCAGACACUUUGAAGUCAAAGUGUUUCAACUGAGGUACUACACAGGCGUCAAAAGGCGUUAUUAUGGAGUAAGGGGGGUGGCGUCAUAAGGCGUCAUUAUGGAGGAAAAGGAUAUUUUUUUCAGGUGUAACAAUUAUACUGCAGUGUAAUGAUUGUAGAUCAUGACAUACUUUAUUACUUUCAGUCAAUUGUCAAUCAAAUACAUUUAUGAUCUUUUUUUCUUUUUUUGAAAUAAAAAUUAUAAAUCAGUGAAA